GCGCAAAACCAGCCCCGCCGCUCACACUCGCCUUCCAGAAGCAGAGAUGAGAGCAUCAUCGGCUUUGAGCGCUUAGGCGCAGUCAUUACAACCUCCUGGAAAAAGUCUCACAAUUUUUUUUAAAGAAUUCAUUUUUCCAAUGCUUUACAGGUUUUUACAUUUUUUUCCCAUCACGUGGAUUUUAAGUUUUUCAUCAUCUAUAUUUCAUCUCACUUUUCAGAAGGAAGUCAGUUCUGCGCACAAGGAAUGUUGGGUCCAGCUUCUGCAUGUGUGCACUGACACUAAAAACUCACAUACCUGCUGCCGAAUUGAUUAAAACGGAGAAGAUUGGAUCAAAUGGCUGCGCUCCUCACAGCUGAAACAACUGAGCAAAGCCAAAUGAUGGGAUCAUUAGAAUUGAAGAGCCUUGUUGUAGAUUGUUUUGCUGUCUUUUUCCCCUCAGAGAAGAACGGAAAUGCACAUAUUUUGUAAAAGAAAGGAAUAGCCCUUUUUUUUUCUCUUUGUGUUGUGCACUUGGAAGGGGAUAAAGGAGAUGAUUUGGUUUAUAUUUCUGCUCUCCAUUGUGAAUGGAGUUCUAUGUCAGCUGCACUACUCAGUACCAGAGGAGCAAGAGCCUGGCUCCGUUGUUGGGAAUAUAGCGGAAGAUCUGGGGUUGGACAUCACAAAACUUUCCGCUCGCCGAUUCCAGACUGUGCCAAGUUCUAGGACACCUUAUCUGGAGGUGAACCUGGAGAACGGCGCGCUUUUGGUGAAGGAAAAAAUAGACCGGGAAGAAAUCUGCAAGCAGACAAUCCCAUGCUUAAUGCAUCUGGAGGUGUUUUUGGAGAAUCCUCUGGAGCUCUUCCGCGUGGAAAUCGAAGUGAUGGAUAUUAACGACAAUCCGCCCAGCUUCCCAGAAACGGACAUUUCAGUGGAAAUAUCUGAGAGUGCCAUACCCGGAACGCGUUUCCCAGUGGAGAACGCAUUUGAUCCCGACGUCGGCACCAACGCGCUCAACACUUAUGCUAUAACUAACAAUAACUAUUUUUACCUCGACGUGCAGACGCAGAGCGAUGGCACCAAAUUUGCGGAGCUGGUGCUGGAGAAACCGCUGGACAGAGAGCAGCAGGCGGUCCAUCGCUAUGUGCUGACGGCUGUGGAUGGAGGCGUCCCGCAGCGAACCGGGACGGCGCUUCUGGUUGUUAAAGUUCUGGACUCUAAUGACAACGCACCCACGUUCAACGAGUCUGUUUACACGAUUAAUCUGCGGGAAAGCUCUCCUGUUGGGACUCUAGUCAUCCAGCUCACCGCCACAGAUGUAGACGAGGGACAAAACGGAGAAAUAGUUUAUUCCUUCAGUAAUCACAACACCCCACGAAUAAAGGAUUUAUUCACCAUCGAUGCCAGAACGGGCAGGAUAGAAGUGGCAGGUGAGGUGGACUAUGAAGAGAGCAAUACGCACCAGAUCAAUGUGCAGGCGAAAGAUCUGGGUGCCAAUGCCGUCCCUGCGCACUGCAAAGUGCUGGUCAAACUCCUGGACGUGAACGACAACACGCCUGAGAUCGGCUUCAGCACUGUAACUGAGUCUGUGAGCGAACAGGACGCCCCUGGCACCGUGAUUGCCCUGUUCAGCGUCUCGGAUCGAGACUCUGGUGAGAACGGUCAGAUGAGCUGUGAAAUCCUGGGCGACGUCCCUUUCAAGUUAAAGUCUUCGUUUAAAAAUUACUACACCAUCGUAACGGACGGCUCACUGGACAGAGAAAACACGGACUCAUACACCAUCACCGUGGUGGCCAAAGACAGAGGUCAGCCCUCGCUGGCAACCAGUAAGUCUAUUAAGGUGCAUGUGUCCGACGAAAACGACAACGCGCCCCGCUUUACGCAGGCAGUUUAUGAUGUGUAUGUAACUGAAAACAACGUGCCCGGGGCAUUCAUUCAUGCAGUGAGCGCCCUGGACCCUGAUAUAGGACAGAAUGCUCUAAUUACCUACUCCAUAUUGGAGUGUGACAUCCAGGGCAUGUCUGUGGACACAUAUGUCUCCAUAAACCAAGACACCGGCUAUCUUUACGCGCUGCGCUCUUUCGACUACGAACAGCUGAAAGAGUUCAGCUUCAUGGUUCAGGCUAAAGACUCAGGUGCUGUGGAGCUGUUCUCUAAUGCCACUGUAAACGUCAUCAUCGUUGACCAAAAUGAUAACGCUCCCACUGUUAUAGCUCCUAUAGGAAAGAAUGGAACAGCUAAGGAGCACCUGCCGCGCUCUGCGGAGCCUGGAUACCUGGUGACGCGCAUCGUGGCCAUGGACGCAGAUGAUGGCGAAAACGCACGGCUUUCCUACAGCAUCCUCCGGGGCAAUGAGAUGGGGAUGUUUCGGAUGGACUGGAGGACAGGAGAGCUGAGAACGGCGCGCAGGAUAUCCGCCAAACGGGACCCACAGAGCUUGUAUGACCUGCUGAUCGAGGUGCGGGACCACGGGCAGCCCCCUCUCUCCUCAUCAGCCAGUGUGAGCGUGUUACUGGUGGACAGCGUGGUGGAGGGCCGCAGUGGGGACCGCGGCUCGGCCUCUAAGUCUAAAGAUACCUCCCUUGAUCUUACCCUGAUUCUUAUCAUCGCUCUGGGCUCAGUGUCAUUUAUUUUCCUCCUGGCCAUGAUCGUGCUGGCUGUGCGCUGCCAAAAGGACAAGAAGCUCAACCUUUACACAUGUCUGCUGGCCGGAGAUUGCUGCUUCUGCUGCGGCUCUUGCUGUAGCCGGCAGAGUCGCGGCAGAAAGCAGAAAAAACUGAGCAAAUCAGACAUCAUGCUGGUUCAGAGCACCAACGUGAGCACGGGAGUUGGGCCCGUCGGGCAGGUGCCAGUGGAGGAGUCAGGGGUGGGGGGCGUGGGAGGGGGGUUCGGCUCCCACCACCACCAGACCCAGAACUCCUACUGCUACCAGGUGUGCCUGACACCGGAGUCCGCCAAGACGGAUCUGAUGUUUUUGAAGCCGUGCAGCCCCUCCCGCAGCAGCGAGGCAGACCACACCAACCCCUGCGGGGCCAUAGUAACCGGCUACAGUGAUCAGCAGCCUGACAUUUUAUCUAAUGGUGGCAUUCUAUCCAGCGAGACAAAACACCAACGAGCAGAACUCAGCUAUCUGGUGGACAGACCGAGGCGUGUCAACAGUUCUGCAUUUCAAGAAGCAGACAUUGUCAGUUCUAAAGACAGUGGUCACGGCGACAGUGAACAGGGUGACAGCGACCACGAUGCUACAAAUCGAGGGCACUCAGCUGGUGCUGACCUGUUCUCUAACUGCACAGAGGAGUGCAAGGCCCUAGGUCACUCUGACCGCUGCUGGAUGCCAUCCUUUGUGCCAUCAGAUGGCCGCCAAGGGCCGGACUACCGCAGCAAUCUGCACGUCCCCGGCAUGGAUGCCACGCUGCCUGACACUGAGGUACCCUGCUCCGUCAACCUCCCCGACCAACUCACCAUGACCUCCUCCACUGCCUCCUCCAAUGAUAGGUCAUUCUCCACCUUUGGCAAGGAUGGCCAAAGAUCACAGUCACACCACAGCCUUCAAAAUCACCUCCAUCAGCAACAGCAGCAGUACAGCUCCAGCACGCUAGAGAGGAAAGAGUAUGAUAGGGGGACCCUACCGUACAAACCAACCUUUCUCUGUGAGUAUCAGUAUGAAACUUCGCUUGGACCCUUUGACUUCAGUCUGGUCCAACACAGAAACUAAAGGAGGGGGCCUUGAAUUGGCCUCUUAUUCUGAUUUGGACUUUCACAUUUAUCAACUUUUAGUCUUCUGUAUCUAAGGAGGUCAAGAAUACGGCCUUUAAUUUUGUUGUAUUUUUUUUUUUUGUAUUUUUCAUUAUUUAAAUAUAUUUUUUUUUCUCUUGUAAAAUGUAUAAAGACCUACCCCUUUUCUACUAAUUCUACAAUUCUAUUUUAAAUUAACUUAACAUUAACACAAAUGUUGCCUGUAUUUACAUAUAUAAAUGUGAAUAAAUUUUGCAUGCUAUUCUUUUUUGUUUAGUUUUUUUUUUCUCUAAAUUACCCCUCCCUUUAAAAUCCUUCCUACCUGAUGCUCAUACUUGUAAAGGUCAGCAACACUUGCAUGAUUCAUGAAUGAAACAUACAUCGAUAUACAGAAUCUCAUGAAAUAAUAGCUACUGUAUAUGGUAUAGUAUAUGCACUUUAUGGUUGGACUUCAUUCUGGAUGAAAUUAUGCAACUUUGCUGGAUGGUGUGGAGGUGAUCAGUUGAUGGCUCUGCUGAUGUGUUAGGGAAGCACAGGUUGCUUUAAUCAUCCUCUGUCUCUCGCCUUGUUUUCAGCCAUAUUUCAUUAAUUCUCAGAGAGGUUUAAGCCAGGUCUCUUUGCGUACCAAUAAAGCAGAAUAAUACAAUAGUCUUUAAGGCAUUAUUAGCACUUGUUGCAGUACAGCCAGGUGCCAAGUCCAGCAACAAAAAGGAAGAUAACUCUCUCCAUGAACAUGUAGUUAUUUCUGCAAUGACUUUUGACCUUCUAAAACAUAGUAGACAAACAUUAUAAGAUAAAACUGGUCACCAAAUUAUCACUGAGUGUCAAAACAUUUUUUCUGGAAUUGGAUUCUGAUUCUCUAAAUAAUAAUUUAAUCCCAGGGAAAUAAUCCCUGGGAAAAAUAAUUCUUGAUAAAGAACAAGCAGCUAACCUUUAGCACAGUUCCUUUCAAGCAAAAAAGCAUAGUGGCCAAGGCCUUUCUGCUUGGAGUGCAUCUCUUAUUUCUGCAUGUAGGUAGGCUCCAUCCUUGUAUUUUGGCUUGUCUGUUGUUUGGCAGUGUCAGUGUUAACCUGUGAAGGGUUGAUGCUGUCAUCAACCUCCUCUGACGAUUAAGCCUGUAAAGAAAAUGAAUGAAUGAUCAUUGUAAAUCAGACCACUGCAAUAGUCUAGUUCCUUUUUCGCAGCAGUAAAGGUAAAACCUGCCCCAGGUUUUCUCUUGCUCAAAGCAAUAUAAGCUGUAACUUCUCCGAAAAGAGAGAGAGAGAAGAUUUUAAAAGCUUACUACUUAAUUCCCGCUCCUCCUUCCCUCUUGAAGAAGACGAAUGCCAUGGCUACAAGCCACGUACACCACCUGCUCUGUACAAGCUCUGGGCAAACGGUGUACGGAAAUUAAGCAUAAUUGGUGUGAAUAAAGCUUUUUGUUGCUUUCUCUUGAAGAAGAGGGUGUCAGUGGCCGUCUGCAGGACAAGUAGAAUUUUAGGCUAUAACAUGGUCAUGAUACAAAAUCGCAAAAAAAUACACUUUAAAAACACUUUAAUUGGUCUUAUCUAAUAUUUUGAUGUUUUGCAAAAUGAAAAGAAAGCCAUCAUUCAGCUAUAACUUUUUUUAACAUUAACAAAAAAGAUAACAUAAGUAAACUCAACUUGUAUUGCACUUUGUUAAACUGAAGUUAUGUUAUAAUUAACCAUAUGAAAUAAAUAAAUUUUUUGAUAAUACUUUAUUUGUUGAGAUAAAUGUAUCCUAGAAAUUGUAUGCUUGAUAAGUAUGACUGAGCACAAACAAAAGGAAGUACAAGUCAGAGUAAGAAUUCUCCACUUUUGCAUCAACAUUUAUGAGCAUGAUCAUAUGACUUUGCUUCUGAAAAGCUCUAUAGGUGAAGCAUACAAUCCACACUUCUUUAAGUAAGUCCAUUUGGCUCUGAAAAGGAACUGAACUGUUUUAAAUUUCCUGGUUGUAGAUACAAUGCUGGACAUAGAGUAAGGAGAAGAAUGUGAUUGUUUUACUGCAAUUUCAGGAUUCUUUUAGCUAAAAAAGAAAUUGACAUAAUGUCCUCUCGAAAACUCAAAAAAUAAGUGGCUAAUAAAGAUGAGGAAUUUAAGUCAUAAGUGACUUUAUUUUGCAAUUUAAAAUGAAUUAAUGUUUGGUAUAUUUAAAGCUGCUUUUAUAAUUUCAAAGCAAAGAGUAGAGAAUGAAUUUGAUAUACAUAUUCAGAAGGGAAGUCAUUUCCAGUCAUCCCAACACCAUGUUCACCACCCUCAUCCAUGAUCCUGCAUGCUGGCUGUCUCAGGUAAAUGAUGAGCACAAUUAUCUGCUUUAUCUUCUUGUUUAAAAAGUGGUCAUUAUUAAGUCUGUAGGUCCUUGAGUCUCUUUAGUUCCAAAUGUAACUAUCUGUGGUUUUGACAUCUACCUUGCAGGGUUUGAAAAAGAUGCGCCUGAUCCAAAAUUUACAGGUUUAAUUUAAUCUCACAUGAUCGUUUUUAACUCUUCCAUAUUUCAUAAUCUGAACAAUUAAAAGCAAUCCUAUCAUAUCAAAUCUAAGACUCUAUCAAGGACAGGCAUGUUUUGAAAAUAGCUGUAAUUGCUACUGAAGCAAUUCUCUGAUCACCAGGAUUCCCUUGUAAAAGGAUUAGUAAAUGUUUAAUGACCUAUUUAUUGAUAAUUAAUGAAGCAAUUAGUGCUCUUUGUUUCUGUUCUACAUACAUUAGGCGACCACAAGAGUUUGACAGUUUAUUCUUACUGAUGGACGUGUUUUCAUUCCACUCCGAAAUUAGCUUUACAGUGUAUGUAAUAGUAUGCUGUAAGGACCAGCGAUUAGGGUGUAUAAAUAACUUCACACAGCCCUUUGUGGCAUGUAUCCUUCAAAAGACGAUAUUUCAAGCUGAUUGUGCCAUUAAAAAGCCUCAAGGGAGAAAAAAAAGUUUAAUUUGUCUUAAUGAGUGUG